GCAGUCAGCUCAUUGGCACUGUGGCGCUCUGCGCAGCGGCUACAGACACUCCAGGGAAAGCGAAACUACAUUUUGAAAUAUAAACAAUGACUUAUUUAAACGCAUGAGCCCCAUCAGUCGCUUCUCCAGACGAUUAAACUCGCAUCAGCGUAGCCAUCAUUACAACAGACAGACGCGUUGAGCAGCAAAGACGGCGCACGGCGCACAGGGACAGAUCAUGCACUGUCAAGCCGAGCUGAGGCUCUCCUCCCCCGGGCAGCUGAAGGCGGCCAGGCGGCGCUACAAGACUUUCAUGAUUGACGAGAUCCUCUCCAAGGAAACGUGUGAUUAUUUUGAGAAACUUUCUCUCUAUUCGGUCUGUCCUUCUCUCAUUGUUAGACCAAAGCCACUCCAUUCAUGUUCGGGCUCCUCUUCACUGCGUGCCUACCCACUCCUCUCAGUGAUCACACGGCAGCCACCCAACCUACCGCCCCACCUGCAGCAACCGUCCUCCCCGGGCGCAAUCCACUCCCACCUGCCCCUGAUCUCCCCUCAGCUGCCACGGGGCUCCGAGCCCUCACCCAGCCAGACACCCCUCAGCAUCAGCAGCGAGUCGGAGACCGAGCGCAGCACACCCCGCCUGAAGAAGCCCCGCCGCAGCCGCACCAUCUUCACCGAGCUGCAGCUGAUGGGCCUGGAGAAGAAGUUCCAGAAGCAGAAGUACUUGUCCACACCUGAUAGGUUAGACCUUGCUCAGUCUCUUGGUCUCACACAGCUUCAAGUGAAGACAUGGUACCAAAACAGACGUAUGAAGUGGAAGAAAAUGGUGCUCAAAGGAGGUCACGAGGCCCCGACUAAGCCCAAGGGAAGACCCAAGAAGAACUCCAUUCCUACCACAGAGGAAAUAGAGGCUGAAGAGCGAAGACUGAAGAUGGAGGAGGAGGAGGAGAGGAGGAGGAGGGUGCCUGGGGAAGAAACACUGGCUCAUGGAGGGGAAACGUCUGUGCUGGAAACUAAAGCUCUCAACCCUGAAACUCACAGUCCAACCGGAGCAAUGGAGGGAUCUGAGCAGGAGCAGCCACUCCUAAUGUCAGAAACUCACGCAGCCAGCUAAGCAAGAACGAACCAACCAAAGACUAAAGCCAACCUGAAAACAAAUAGUGCCUCAGGAUCAGCGUACAAAGCUUGUGUGGUGUUUAGGGCCAUUUGCUUUAGUAAGUUGACUGGAUACACAGUGGUGGCAUCCAUUCUUUACCAAGUGUAGCCUUGUAUUUUUUUGUGUAUUGAAAAACUAUCAUACAAAGAGCUAACAUUCAUAUACACUGAUUGCACUGGUAAUCCUACGGCCUUAAGUCCAUAAUGUAAGGAGUGUAAAUCUGUCAAAUCCAAACAGGUCAAUCAAGCCUUAAUCACAACAUAGUGACACACAUCACAUCAUCGGCUUAUUCUGCUUUUCACUUGUAAGAUCUCUCUCACACAUAUCAGCCCUCAGAGCUGCCAAGUAUCAAACACUGCCUUAUUGUAGCAUUCGUGUGUCUUUGUAUCCUAAAUCAUCUUACUGGCAAAAAUGAUCUAAUGAAAUGGCUACAGUGCCUUGUUGGUCUCAGAGGAAAGCUUUUAAUGUGUUGGUAAAACAGCCAUCAAAUGCAGUAUAUUUUUUAAAGUCAAGUGCCAAAUGGAGACAGAUGUGUACAGUUUGGAAAAGGAGACUUCUCUGUUUAGAGUAGAGUUGAAUUGUACAGCUUUAAGCUGCAUACAUGUUCAUUUGCUCAAUAAAGUUUGAGUUUUUACUUCUACAAAGCUGAAAAUGAAUAUUUCUGCCAAGAUAUACACUGUAUCAUACUGUAGAAAUAUGUAUAAAGUACAAAAUAUAUGAUUGUUUCAAUAUAAUGUAUAUGUACACAGGAUUUUUACCUGCUGUUUUAAAUUGGAUUAAAAUAGUUUAUAUGUAUAAUGUUUCAGCUGUACCUGAUCUUUUCUCUUUUUUUUUUUCCACGGGAAUCAGGAUGAUUUUCAGCCAUGAGGGCACUAAGACUCUUAAGCUGUUGUGAUUCAUUGAGGGAAUAAAUCACAGCUUGUGUCAGAGAUACACGGCAAAUGUUGAACAUUUAAAAUCUCAGAGACGUUUUCAGCCUGCAGGCUUUGCAUGAGUACUCCAAUUGGUAUGUUAGACCUGCAUUAACAUAACACUGAGUUGAACUGCCUGUCAGCAACUUAUCCACAUACUUAAAACUUGCUCUCCUCACAAAGAUUUGUCACUGUAUGAAUAACAGAUUCAUUUUUAUUUCUCACUGUUUCAUAUGGAAAGUGCAGUAUUUUUCUGAUGUAAAUUAUGCUUGUUUGGUAUAAGCUUGUUUGCUGUUCUUUUUUUAGGUUUGUAUAAAAUUAUUUUUGCAGGUGUGUGCUUAUGUAUUUAAAUGCUAUUAA